CACAAUAAUUCUAAAUCUACCUAUAUGGCUAUAUCUAUCACUCUCUCGUCUCUCCUAUAACUUCUGAUCACUAAAUUCACAGAGCAAGCCAUAAACAAAGUAGAGAAAGCAAAGACUGUGAAGAAUUGGAAGAGAUGCGAGCUGGAGCGGAGAAAAAGAGUUGAAGACUCAAUACAAUAACAAGCUUGGUUGAUUUUAAGCUCUACAAGUUGUCUAGUUUUUUACAUAAUGGCAAGUUCUGACCCUGUGGGGAGCAAAAAAGACCCAACUUGGAAUUAUGCUUUUCCAUAUCAAGGCCAAACUAAAGGUACAGUAUGCAAGUUUUGUAAUACGGUCAUAAAGAGUGGUGGUAUCACUCGAUUUAAGUUCCACUUGACUGGAUUAGAUCCUGCCAAGAAUACACGAGUUUGUGAUAAGGUGCCACCAGAAGUUCAAAAAUUAGUAAAAGAAUGGAUGAGGAGAAAAUGUACUGCAAAAUAUCAAAAGGAUUCAAUAAUCCGUGAUACUCGAGAAGAAUUGCGAUCAGGGUUAUCUCAACAAUUGAACUCUGAAGAUGAAGAUGAAGGUUUUGUAGGUCAGCAUGAUGUAGAUCCUCGUGAUUAUAAAGCUGCUAUGAGAGCAUCAAGACAAUCAGAAUGGGAAAGGGAGCAAGGUAUAAGUAGAGGUGUUUCAGGGCCUGGCGGGACAAGUCGAAGCCAACCAAAAUUUGAUAGAUCAAAAAGUGUACGACAAGAGCAUGGAGACCAACCUCAAGCUUCAUUCCCACAGUCACUCUAUAAAUCCAAUGCUGCAAAACAAAAGAGCAUCAUUGACUCCAUGUCAAUGGGAAGCCUCAAGGAGAAGCUUGGUCGAUUAUGUGGGAAGUUUUUCAUAUAUACCAAUGUCCCUGCGUACAAAGCGGAAUCUCAUGAGUACAAAAACAUGAUAAUUGGAGCGCAAGAGUGUCCAAAUGUUCCUCCGCCAAGUUCGUUUCAGAUAAUGAACAAAUAUUUGGCCAUGGAACAUAAGGAAAUAACUGAAUAUAUCAAUAGCCAAAGAAAAAUGUGGAAAACAUAUGGCUGCACCAUAAUGGCUGAUGGGUGGUCCGGUCCAACAAGAAUGCAAGUUAUCAACUUCAUGGUUUACUGUAAGGGUAAGACAGUGUUUUUGAAGUCUGUCAAUGCAUCAAGUGAUAUAAGGGAGCACAAAUACCUUGCCAAGCUAUUUAAAGAUGUCAUUGAUGAAGUGGGGAAGGAGAAUGUGGUUCAAAUAUGUACCGAUAAUGGCUCAGCAUUUGUGAAGGCUGGUAAAACAUUAUCGGAACAUUAUAACUUCUAUUGGACUCCAUGUGCUGCACACUACAUCGACUUAAUGUUUGAAGAUAUUGGUAAAAAGAAAAAGGUAAGUGAUGUGAUUACUAUUGCUAGACUCGUGACUGUAUAUAUCUACAAUCACGGAUGGGUGCUUGCUCUUAUGAGAAAAAUAUGUAAUGGUGAUUUGAUUCGACCAGGACCAACACAGUUUGCCACUAAUUACAUUUCUCUUCAAAGCCUUUUCCAAAAGAAGGCUGGACUUAAACAAUUGUUUACUUGUGAUGACUGGGUUACUAGCAAAUAUAGUCGAAGCAAGGAGGGAAGACGUAUAGAGGAACUCGUUCUUGAAAACAUGUUUUGGGACAAUGUGCAAGCAAUGAUUUCUAUUUACGAGCCAUUAUACGGUGUUCUUCGAAUAGUUGACACAGAGGUUAACUCGACAAUGCCAAUGCUGUAUGAUUUAUUUAAGAAGGUGAGAACAAAGCUGGAAGAAGUCAGGAAUACAGUUUGGGUCAGAAAAAUCAUCGACGAUAGAUGGUUUAAGCAAUUGUGUCAUCCAUUACAUGCAGCAGCUUAUUAUUUGAAUCCAAUGUUCCAGUAUAGUGAAGGAAUUGGUGAUGAUCCAGAGCUACUAGACGCCCUUCACUCAGUUUUUGCAAAGUUAGACCCAAACUCCAUAGGCAUCGCACAAUUCGGAAAUGAGAUUAUAAGCUUUAGAGACUCAUUAUACGGAUUUCGAAGACCAGCUGCCAUUGCUGCAAGGAAAGCAAUGACUACAUAUGAAUGGGGGAACAUGUAUGGGGGUGAUGCACCUACACUUCGUAAAUUGGCAAUGAAGAUCCUAUCUCAAACCACAUCAUCUUCUGCUUGCGAGCGAAAUUGGAGCACAUUUGCUCUUAUCCAUACGAAGCAAAGAAAUCGUCUGGCACAUAACAAACUCGAGCAAAUUGUGUAUUGUUAUUACAACAUGAAGCUACAAUUGCGAGAUGCAAAAGCCGCUGCAGAUAGAGUUGCGGAGACCAGUUAUUUAGACCUAUUCAAUAUAGCUGCAGAUAUAGGUGCGGAGGAAACUGUUGAUCCAAUAUACCAUUGGGUUCGACCUUUACAUUUAGAUGAUGCACCAGGAAAUCCAGAUGCAAAUAUAGCAACUCAUGCUCGUGGAAUGGGAAUUGAUGUGGAUACGAUAAUGAAGAAAGAAGUAAGAGAUCAUUCUGAUGAAAGUGAUGGAAGUGGUUAUAAAUUAUCAAGAGGCACUAGUGAAAAAUCAAUUGAUGAUGAUGAUGAUGAUGGUGAUGGUGGUAAUACUGGUGGUGGUAGCAGAUAUCAUGCCUAUGGUGGUAGUACACGUGAUAACUCGUGUGACAAUAGUAGUUAUGAUGACACUAUUCGUGAGGCGAAUUAUGGAAAUGACAGGGGGAGUGGCAAAUCAUGGCACUACAACCAAUAUAGUAGUGAUGAUCAUACUACUUAUCCUGAUGCAAAUCGUGAAUACAAUUCUAGAGCUAGGGAUACACAAGGAAGACGCGAUAGCCAUUUGUCUCUAAAUGAGUUUGAAUCACUUUCUUCAAGUCUUGGCUCAAUGGACAUAGGAACUCAAUAUAGUGAUAACCCUAACCCAUUCCAUUCUCAUUAUCCUCAUCAUGAAAUGAGUUCUACCUCAGAAAGUACUUACGAAAUUGGAUCAAGCUCACAAGGUGGAAGCACAUAUGGCCUUUUUGAUCAUUCUUCGUCCCAAAUGCCGCAUGCUUCAUACAAUGAAACACCAUAUUGGGUAAUUCCACAAUUUCCGAUAUAUGGAUUGCAUGUGGGAAGAGAUCAACACACAUACAUUACCCAUGUGAUGAAGUACCAAAAUCAUUUCCAAAAUUCAUGUACUUGGGAGCAGUAUUGUAUGAUACUAAAUGGGAGCAGUUCAACCACAUGGAUCGAACCACAUCGUAGUAGCUCUUAUUACUAAUACUUUAUAUUGCU